AUGGCAUCGUCUCCGGCAUCGAAGUCUCGGAGGGACAGUCAAGCGAAGUGGACGGCACCGGAUCGCGAGGAGCACAUACAGAGCGAGCCGCAUUCGAAAACCGAGUCCAAAUUGCAUGUAAAGAAGGCGCUGCAGAAUAUGACCAAGUCGCAGGGAGAUACAUUGAAGCUACGGUGUGAUUUCGCCGGCGCCCCGGACGGCGGGAAACUGAGGAUCACGUGGCUGCGGAACGAUGCCUCCCUCGAAGACUUCGACGAUGAACGAAUCACGAUCAAAAACUCCGGCCCUCAUUCGUCCCGCCUAAGAAUUUCGGAACUCGCGUACCUCGACCGGGGAUUCUAUUCCUGCAGGGCUCAAACUGAGGACGGUCUCUCUGCCGAGAGCACCAUGAUACUCAAAGUCAAAGCCUCUGCCCUCGACUACGAUAACCGGAACCAAGGAUACCCCGGUUUGUUCGCGAAUAUGCCAACAAACAUGGGCGGCGGAAUACCGAGCAUGGGCAGCGGAAUACCGAACAUGGGCGGCGGACUGCCCAAUAUGGGAGGCGGGUUACCGAACAUGGGGGGCGGAUUACCCCACAUCGGCGGUCUCGGAAAUCGUCCGAUGGGCGCUUCCUUCGGGAAAAACCCUGGCAACUUCCCGCCGGGAUUCGUCAAAGAAUUCGGCAACAUGGAGGGAAGUGAAUUCCAUCCCGACGAUCCCAACACGUACUUGAGAGGAGGAAAAUGCGAGAUUUACCGCGGAGCCGCCUGCGAGAACUACCUCAGCAACCAGACCGUAUACGUCCGUCCCGGACUCAGUAUCCCGCAUCUGGAAGAGAAACUCGCCGGAGUUCUGACUGUCGUCAGGAGCUCUCACGAUGUCAGUCCCGAAUGUUUGAAAUUCGCCUUCCCAUCUCUGUGUAUGUUCGCGUUCCCUCCCUGUGACAAGACGGUGCAUGCGCACAAGCCCCAAAUGGUUUGCCGUGACGAAUGUGAGCUCUUGGAGGAAAAAAUCUGCCGAAUGGAAUAUUCGAUAGCAAAACGACAUCCCGUCAUCGGCCCAGCCAAUAUACUGCCCGACUGCAAAAAACUUCCCGAGCGCGAGUCCAGAGAAGGGGCAAAGUGUCUCGCUCUCGGAAUACCCCUGCCGAAAAUCAUCCAGCUCGAUGAAGAUCAGCACUGUUACGAAGGCAUAGGAGAAACCUACCGAGGGGCGGUUUCAGUUGGCAUAUCUGGAAACCCCUGCCAGCCUUGGCAUCAUCAAAUCCUCUACUCGAGAGUUGCAGCCCAUGAGGGUAUUUUGGGCGGACACUCCUACUGCCGAAAUCCCGACGGCUCGGAAUCGGGACCAUGGUGCUUCACCGAAGGAAAUCGCAAGGAAAUCUGCAACAUUCCCAAGUGUGCAGACUACAUGUGGUUGUACGUGAUCGUGCCUAGUGUGGCAGCGGUUGCGCUGGUGUCCCUCCUGGUGUCGGUAUUUUGCAUCCGUCGCCGAGCUUCAUCCAAACCGCCGCCCACCUCGCUGGUCAACAACUCACUGCAAGCCUUGAAAGUUGCCAAGAAUGGAUCAGCGACUCAAAGCAGGAUCAACACGAUGGAACUGAAUAAGCUCUUGCCUAGGACUCAGGUGCGCGCACCCGAGUUCCCGUUGUCCUCGAUUAAGUUUAUCGAGGAGCUAGGCGAAGGUGCUUUUGGAAAAGUGUACCGAGGAUCCAUCAUGGGUUAUGAUUGGUUAGCAACGCAGCAGCAGACGAUGUUCAACAACCGAUUCCUGAACGGGACUCCCAACGGGGAGCUCCCGGUGGCCAUCAAAACUCUGAAGGAGAACGCCACCGCCAAGGUCCAACACGAUUUUCAACGCGAAGCGGAGCUGAUGGCCGAUCUCCACCAUCCGAAUAUCGUCUGUCUCGUCGGCGUUGUGACCAGACAAGAGCCCAUGUGUUUGCUAUUCGAGUACAUGGAACAUGGCGACUUGCACGAGUAUCUCAUAGCGCACUCCCCCGCCCGAGCCGACUCGAUCAAUCAAACUCUGGAAUUCUCUGAUUUCCUGCAUAUCUGUCGACAAAUCGCCGCGGGAAUGGAAUUUCUGGCGGCUCAUCAUUACGUGCACCGUGAUCUGGCUGCACGCAAUGCUCUCGUGGGCGAGAACAUGACGGUUAAGAUAUCAGACUUCGGUCUGUCCAGGGACAUAUACUCGUCGGACUAUUAUCGUGUUCAGUCGAAGAGUCUCCUUCCCGUGCGAUGGAUGCCUCCAGAGGCGAUCCUGUACGGGAAAUUCACUGCGGAGAGCGACGUCUGGUCGUUCGGCGUCGUUAUGUGGGAAGUCUUCUCGUAUGGCUGCCAACCCUAUUACGGUUACAAUAAUCAAGAAGUUAUCGACAUGAUUCGCGCUCGCCAGCUGCUCCCCUGUCCUGAGGAGUGUCCUUCACACGUAUAUUCGAUGAUGGUCGAGUGUUGGCAUGAAGUGUCAGCGCGUCGACCCUCUUUCACGGAAUUGCACGCCAGAUUGUGUUCGUGGCAGGCUAUGCAUGCGCGAAGCGUCAGCCAAGGUAGUAGAAGUCAAUCGUCUACCACCAAUUCAACCAUGCUCAGCCAACAACGGAGAGCGAUGGAUACUUCAAUGGAUCGGUGCUCUACUCCGAACAGCCACGUUUAUCAGCAUUUAAUACACGAUCCUAAGGCAUAA